UGAAUCAGCAAUGGAGUUCUCAAAAGCAAACACUAUCGUCUACGGCUGAAUCCAACAUCGAAGGAGCGUCCUUAGAUGGAGGAGAAGCGCCGCGACGCCGCAAAUUUGCCGGUGAACAGCACCGAUUCUCCCUCAKCGGAGCCGCCUUCGUCGCGUCGUCGAGCCGGAGCUCAGAAGCGGAAGGCCAGCGCUCUUGGCGUCUCUAACACCUCCUCCGCGCCCUCCAAACGUGUUACUCGGGACAAGUCUGCGCUCUCGCAUCCUCAAAAUCAUAGCGGCCCCUUCACCCGAGCUCGACUGGGCCCUAACAAUGUCGCUGGAACAGCAUCGGGUAAUGCGGCUGGAGGUCUGGCCGCCGCCGCCGCGGGAUCGGUUAAGCUGGAGGGCUCUGUUCUUCAUUCGGAAGUUCAGCGUGGAGAGGCGAUAGUCGCCGCGGCGGAGGAAUUGAACAAGGUGAGUAGAUUGGCGAAUUUGGAGGCGUCGUUCGAAGCUGAUUUUGAAGCUAUUAAAUCUCGGGGUGCGGAUGUUCAUGCCGUUCCGAAUCACUGCGGUUGGUUUUCAUGGACAAAAGUCCAUCCUAUUGAGGAACGCACGAUGUCUUCUUUUUUCAGUGGAAAGUCUGGCACUCGAAGUCCUGAUAUGUAUAUUGACAUACGUAAUUGGAUUAUGAAGAAAUUCCAUGCAAAUCCUAGUAUGCAAAUUGAAUCAAAAGAUUUAUCAGAGCUGGAAGUUGGAGAACUGGAAGCUAGACAGGAGGUGAUGGAGUUUCUAGACCACUGGGGUUUGAUUAAUUUUCAUCCUUUCAUACCCACCGAUUCCACUUCAACAAGUGACGUUGACGAUGAAAAUCUGAAGGAAUCUUUGGUUGAGAAGUUAUUUCAGUUUGAAACAUUAGAAUCCUGCCCAUCUAUUGUUCCAAAGACUAAUGUUACCACCACAGCCCCACCUAGAUUGCUCCGAGAAUCUGCAAUUCCUGAGGAGAUGGUGAGGCCUGAGGGUCCAUCUGUUGAGUACCACUGUAACUCGUGCUCUGCUGAUUGCUCUAGGAAACGGUACCACUGCCAGAAGCAGGCAGAUUUUGAUUUGUGUAYGGAGUGCUUUAACAAUGGGAAAUUCGAUUCUGAUAUGUCUUCAUCAGAUUUUAUUCUCAUGGAGCCUGCUGAGGUUCCUGGUGCUAGUGGAGGUAAGUGGACAGAUCAGGAGACUCUCCUCCUCCUUGAGGCUUUAGAGCUUUACAAGGAAAACUGGAAUGAGAUUGCAGAACAUGUGGCCACCAAAACUAAAGCUCAAUGUAUAUUGCACUUCAUUCAAAUGCCAAUUGAGGAUACCUUUCUUGAAUCUGAGGACAAUGUUGAGGUCAGUCCAAAAGAAACUGCUGUUCCACCUUCAAGCGAAAAUGAUUCGUCAGUUCCUGCUGAUAUCACUGAACCAAUGGAUAAUAAGCCCACUGGAAAAGAGGCUUUGAAUGUAGAAAAUGCGAACAAAGACGAUACAGGUGAGGUAAAAGUUGGGCAGGAGAAUUCAAAAUCAGAGGAUGUUGGAGAUAAGGCUGCUUUAGAUAAGUCCAAAUCAGAUGAUGGUGGUCAGAAGGUUUCUGAAGACAUUGCCUUGAAUGCUUUGAGGGAGGCAUUCGAAGCCAUUGGUUAUGUAUYAACACCUGAGCGCCGACUGUCAUUUGCUGAUGUAGGGAACCCCGUCGUGGCAUUGGCUGCAUUCCUUGCACGCUUAGUUGGAUCAGAUGUUGCUAGUGCAUCAGCGCAUUUUUCUUUGAAAAGCAUAUCUCAGAAAUCUCCCAGUUUAGAACUGGCUACAAGGCACUGCUUUAUUUUAGAAGAUCCACCAGAUGACAAGAAUGCACAAUCUAAUUCAGAGAGUGUUGUAAAUGUGGAAGCUCAGAAAAAUGACAAUGAACAGUGUGAAAAACAGAGACAAGACGAUUCUACUUCAGUCUUAGAUGACAGAGCCUUAUCAACUAAUAAAAGUAAUAACAAAAAUGGUGAAUCUGUGACAAAAGAAACAACAGUGGAUAAUGGAAAUUCUUCAGAUGCUAUUAGAGAACAUGAUCCAGUCAUUAUUCACGGUUCAGAUGGAACAAGUAAUUUGAAUGAAUUGAGAGAACCAGAAUUGCUGAAGGAUGAAAGAACAGGCAUUGUGAAGGAAUCUGAAAAUCUAGAAUCAAAUUUAACUACAAAUCCGGUUGAAAAGUUGGGAGAAGGAACUCAUGUUGAAAAGCCAUCACAACCAAUAUUGUCGUCAGAGGAUGUACAUAUGUCAGAUUUGGAGCAUGCUGAAAGAACUGAUCAGAAACAAGUUCCAUCUCAUUCUGCCAAAACUUCAAAAGAUUUAGAUGAUGUACCAAAUCCUUUACCCUCUGUGAAUGAGCCUCAGCCACUAAUUGCUGCCAAUUCAGUGAAAGAAGCCUCGAAUGAUGGAGCUGUGGUGCUUGAUUCUCACAAAAAAUAUGAAACUUCACAAACUGAAACAUCUAAUUCUGUGGUUGACCAGGGAGCAAGCACGGUCUCUGAUUCUUUGCUCUCAGCAGACAAUGCAAUGCCACAACCAGUUAACCCGAAUUCGGUGAUUGAAAGUGGAGCAGGUGAUAAUCAAAGCAAGGACAAUAAAGAAGAAAAAUCCAGUUGUACAAGUAAAAAAGAGGAUAAAAUCGAUAAGUUGAAGCGUGCUGCAGUUACRACACUCUCAGCAGCAGCUGUGAAGGCAAAAGUUCUGGCUAAUCAGGAAGAGGACCAAAUCCGUCAACUUGCCAUGAUAUUAAUUGAAAAACAGCUSCAUAAGUUGGAAAGCAAGUUGGCAUUUUUCAACGAGAUGGAUAACGUGACAAUGAGAGUGAGGGAGCAACUAGACAGGUCAAAGCAGAGGCUUUUCCAGGAACGUGCUCAGAUAAUUGCUGCUCGACUCGGCUUACCCGCUACAUCGUCACGAGUCAUGGCACCAUCGUUGCCUGCUAACAGAAUGGCCAUGAACUUUGCAAACUCAGUUCCAAGGCCUCCAAUGGGCAUGACUUCCCAAAGGCCACCGACAUCGGGACCGGUGGGUAUGGCUGCUACUAAUCCUAACCUCCAACCCCAACCCCAAUAUGCAACCACCAGUACCACAAUUUCUGGGAGCUCAUUUCGCCCAGCAAAUCAGGACACAAUUUCUUCUGUUGGGACCAAGUAAAUCAUUAUUAGCUUGCUGGUAGAGAUUGCAACCMUUUUAAUACAGUAGAAUUCACUUCAAGUUUACUGUGUAACCUGUUUAUUUUUAAUGUUGUAUUAUAUCCAACYAAGCAGAUUUCGAAUUCUGAGAAAUGAAAAUAUCUACUUCAGCUGCUAGUCUUUUCGUAUUCA